UUGGUUUAAUAAAAUCACAAGAAAUAGCAAGUGCUAUUAUUUAUGAUAUUUUAAACUAUGAAAAAAGCUUAACGUUAAUAAAUAAUGAAAGUCCAGACUCAACUUCUUCCUCUACCUCUACUUCUAAUAUCUCUAUUCCUGUUGCUGCUACAACUACUGCCUCUACUUCUUCUGUUACCACAACUACUGCUACUUCUGUCACUUCUACAGCCAUGGCUCCAUUUGAGGAUUGGGAGAAUAUAUCUUCAAGUAUUGCUAUUACAAGUUCACAAAAUCAUAAAAAUUUGUUUAAAACUUGCACUUUCUGUUGUACUGAAGGUCACUGGGCUAUAAACUGUGAACAAAUUCCACAACAUUAUCAUGGUUACUGUUUUCAGUGUUGGAAAACUGAUGAACAUAUGGUUAAAGAUUAUCUAGCUGAAGAAGCUACCAAACCACCUUGGCUAACAAUUCAAGAAUAUCAAGUUUUGCAAAAAACUCAAUUACAGUACCAUAGAUGG